UGUUCGGGAAGGGACCGAGAUUCGUAUUGUUCUGGUGGAUUGGUGUUCAUUCACGACGUAACAAUCCCUAAAUAUCCGGAUUCGUGAUCUACCCAAGCCCACCAGACUGUAUAUAAGCAGUCCCUCUUGUUCAGGAUCCAUCACACCUGGGGAGAAUGGGUCUCAUACGGCCAGCUGUUGUGUUACUUCUGUUGUUGAUUGUCUUGUGUAUAGCGGGACAUGCAGUGGAUAAACACAAUGGGAGAGUCAUGGGGAAAAGAGAAGCCAGAAUCGUCCUAAACGAACUGAGAAAGAGACACGCGUCACACGUUUUGAAGAGAUCAGCUGAUUCUGAAAUCGAAGAAGAAGCAGAUAUUAAUCUUGCUAUGAUAGACCGGGAGUUAGAGCGAUUUGAAGACACGCUGCGCAGCAAUGAAGACAAAGGAGCCAAUCAACAUGAAGCAGAGAGCGGGGAAAAACUCAUUCAAGAAGCGCUGAAGGGCAAUGUGGACCCCAACUCUGGCGUAGUGAAUCUGUUGGAGAGCAUGUUUGUGGACGAAGGUUCCAGACACAACCAACACCCGAACGGUAUUGAAAAUAUUGCCUCAAAGAAAGGAAAAGUGUUUGGUGACAGUCACGACGGACAUCGCUGGACGCGGCAGCAGAUUGAGGAGCUAAAUCAGAAUGGCGGAAGAAAGAGGAAUUUCGUGAAGUCGGCCACUCUCUGGACAGAUAACAUCAUCCCUUACACCAUUGACAGCAGUCUGUCCAGAUCUCAAAGAAAUGUAGACGUAAUUAACAAGGCCAUUCAACAGUUCACUGACUACACCUGCUUGAAGUGGGUCCCCUAUGGUUCGGCUGAGGCAAACAAGUUAUCCCAUUCCACCUACAUUGAGUUCUUCUCUGGCAGUGGAUGCUGGUCCUAUGUUGGCAGAGUGUUCUCCGGAAAACAACAAGUUAGUUUGCAGGACCCGGGCUGUGUAUCGGUAUCGACAACUGUUCAUGAAAUGGGACAUGCAAUCGGCCAGCAUCACGAACAAUCUAGGAGUGACCGAGAUAAUUACGUCACCAUGUUGUGGGGCAACAUAAGGGGUGGUAGAAGCAACAACAACAUGGCUAAAUCCAACACCUACGACAGAAACCCUUAUGACUAUGAGUCCGUGCUUCAGUAUAGUUUAAGGUCAUUUAGCUCAAACGGACAACCUACCAUUGAGUUCAAGGAUCGGCGCCUGGAUUUCCUGGCCGAUUCUGCCACUGGACUCAUGUUCUACGAUAUACAGGACAUAGUUGACGCCUACAACUGUACAGAAACGUGCCGGGGCGCCGAUGGAAACACCCCCCUGAAGCAGUGUCAGAACGGGGGCUUUGUACUCCACACCUGUAACUGUCACUGUCCUGAUGGACUCACGGGGGAUCUGUGUCAAUCCGUCCGUACUGAUCCAGAAUGUGGCCCAGGAAUUAUAGAUUUAGCUGACGGAGAAUCCAGGACUAUAACGUCACCAAACUUCAACAACGGUGGUCCCUACCCAACCGGCAAAGAGUGUGUCUGGUUGGUGAAGGUUAUGCCAGGGAAAUUUGUAAAAAUGACCAUAGAAGAGAUGGACCUUACAACCGCAAGGUCAGCAUGUGAUCAUUGGCUAGAGAUACAGUACAACCUGAUUGGUCAAACUGGUCCUAGACGAUGUGGAAAAGUGAGGAAGGAGACCUAUGUAACAGCAUUGCACGGGAACCCCACUUUGAUGUUGCUCAAGUUUGACAGUGCGUUUGCGUCCACGGCAACGGCGGGAAAAGGCUUCAACUUGACCGUGUCAUCUAUGGGUGGAGGCUGCAGGGCAAUGCCAUGUAUGUACGGAAAAUGUACGGAAGUAGGUUCUGAUGAUUACACAUGCUCCUGCGAGAGUGGUUUCUCUGGAAAACACUGCGACACAUACUCUGGAACGGGGGACAUUUUUUGUGGCUUUGAAACACCAAAUUGCUUAUUUAGAAAUCCCCCAAGCAAUUCUUACAUUUGGAUAAUAACAUCGGGCUCCACAAAAUCCUCUGGCACCGGUCCUUCUGGCGCUAAAACCGGAAGUCGGUAUUUGUAUGUUGAGACGUCAUCUCCGGUGCCUUCGGGAGCUUUAUUUCAAUUUGAAUCUCCGUAUUUCUUAGGGGGCCCUAGAUGUCUGUCCUUCUGGUAUCACAUGUAUGGCAGCGAUAUGGGAACCCUCAGUGUGUCACGUAACGGAACACAGCUCUGGACCAAAACAGGAGACCAAGGCAAUACUUGGCAUUGGAUUCAAAUGAACGUUGGAACAUCAUCACAGACGUUUAAGGUGACGUUAGAAGCAGUAAAAGGAAAAGGAUACAAGAGUGACAUAGCAAUUGAUGACGUCACAUUAACGUCAGGAAUGUGUACUGGCAUUACUCCAUCACCGGCUACACAGAAUCCAACAACACCAUCUCCAGUGACAUCAUUCCAAACAACUCUAUAUCCAGUAACAUCAUUCCAAACAACUCUCUAUCCAGUAACAUCAUUCCCCACAACACAGACCUCGUCACCACCUGUUGUAGACCAGGAUCUUCAUUGUACUUUUGAAACUGGAACAUCAUGCUUCUUGAAUAACAUCAACAAUGAUGAUUUUGAUUGGCAGAUUCAAAGAGGUCAAACGCCGUCUCGUGGAACAGGUCCUAGCUCAGCUUACGAGGGUCAACUCUAUUCCUACAUCGAAGCCUCUGGAAAGCGAAAGGAUGAUGUAGCCAUUUUAGAGAGCCAAUAUGGCAUUACAACUACGACAUUCUGUCUUUCCUUUGCUUAUCAUAUGUAUGGUACGAAAAUUGGUUCCUUGCGAGUGGAGAUAGAGUCUCCUAAUGGCGACCAAAUCUUAUUCAGCAAACAGUACGCCCAAGGAAACAAGUGGAUCGUCACAAGUGUCGAUGUUCCACCUUCAAAUGGAAAGAUCCGGUUCAUUGGUGUCCGAGGAAAAGGAUUCUGUGGUGACAUUGCUAUUGACGAUAUCCAUUUUGUAAAUGGCAGUUGCAAUACUGAAGCUCCUUUCACUACCACCCCAAUGCCCAGCACCCUCCCUCUAAGCUGCACGUUUGAAACCGGAACCAAGUGCUUCCUGAAAGACGCAGGAUCUGACGACUUUGAUUGGACUGUUAGAAGUGGCAAAACGCCAUCUUCGAAAACUGGCCCGUCGAAGGCAGCUGAAGGAAUCAAAUAUGCGUAUAUUGAAGCUUCCCAGAAAAAGCCGGGCGUAAGGGCUACGUUAGAGGGAAUAGUACAAAUGCCUAAAGAUGGAGACAUGUGCUUAUCAUUUAAUUACCACAUGUACGGAGAAACGGUUGACUCCCUGGAGGUACUUUUCCAAGAUAUGUCCCAUUUUCAUGAGGUUGGUAAUAAAGGAGACCAGUGGAACAAAGCCGAAUUUACUCUGUUUAAUCUGGACAGUACAGUCGCUCCAAAGAUACAGUUCACAGCUACCCGAGGAUCUAAUUACAAAAGCGACAUAGCUAUUGAUAACGUACAACUCACAGAAGGAGAAUGCGUGAUAGAUUGCACGAGUAAUCCCUGUAGUCCGAAUUCCCUCUGUGUCCAGGAGACUAGCACUACUUACCGAUGUGACUGCCGCCCAGACUUUACUGGAGUGCUAUGUGAUGUUGUACUUGGUCAGGCGAACUGCACAUUUGAGAAGGGGGAGGAUUGUUUCCUAGAGAACAGUACUCUCGACGAUUUCGACUGGCACCGUAAAUCUGGGAGAACUCCAAGCUCCAAAACUGGUCCAGGUUCUGCGAAACAGGGUUCAUGGUAUGCAUACAUUGAAGCUUCCGGCAGGCGUCCUGGUCAGAAGGCAGUGUUUGUCUCCAAAUAUAUGUUUGAAAGUGGAGAACGUUGCCUUACGUUUGCAUAUCACAUGUACGGAAAUACUAUCGGCUCUUUAAAAGUACUACAGGAAACAAACAUGAAUACAAUGGAAGUAUUUUCUAAAUCUGGUGAACAGAGCAAUUCUUAUUCAGAUUGGAAAACUGCUUCGCUUGAUAUAUAUCACCACAUGAACGAUACAAUCGUUUUUGAAGCAACUAGAGGAAAAUCAUAUUCAGGAGACAUAGCUUUAGAUGACAUUAAGUAUACUCCAGGAAGAUGUGCUUGUGACCUUAUAGUUUGUAAGAAUGGAGGAACAUGUGUGAAUAAACAAAAUGGAGGAUUUUGUCAAUGUCCCCCACAGUUUACAGGGAAUCGGUGCGAAAAGAAAAUGGGUCUUUUGGCGUCUUGUACUUUUGAUGAUGGCUCGUGUUUUUUGACUGAUAUUACUGGCCUAGAUAGCAUGGACUGGAAGAUAACAAAAAAGCGUACUCCAAGCUCACGUACAGGUCCCGGUAAACCCCUGGACGGGAACUACGCCUACAUAGAGGCUUCAGGACGUAGGUCCGGAGACAACGCUAUCCUCACCUCCGCCGUAAUGUCACAACUUUCACCUAGCGGUCCAUCCUGCCUCCGAUUCUUCUACAACAUGAAUGGCCGUGACAUGGGAACAUUGGAAGUCUUCGCAGGUGAACGUAAUUCAAAACAAAAAGUCUGGUCUAUUUCCGGAAAUCAAAAUGAUAAAUGGAACCCAGUGGGGGUAGAUAUUUUGCCUGCAAACGAUCUUGUGAUUAUGAUUGAGGCCAUUCGUGGCAAGAGCUACCGUAGUGACAUCGCCAUAGACACGAUUGAACUCUUUGAUUCUCCUUGCUCGGGUAAACAUAGUUUAGUGUUCAUGAUGAUUAAUUCAGACCACAUUUUCAUCGUUAUGUUGAGGAAGACAAACCAUAGGCAAAUCUUAUGUGUUUUCUUUAAUCUGCUUCAUUAUGACAUUGGGAGUGCCCUUGACACUGGAAAUGAAUUUAUUUUCAAAGAGUAAUUUCAUGAUAAAAUC